AAAAAAAAAACGUUGACGAUAUGGACGUCGACGAAUACAGGAGGAGAGGUAAAGAAAUGGUGGACUAUAUAGCAGACUAUCUUCAAACCAUCAGGUUACGUAACGUCUUCCCUGACGUCCAGCCUGGAUAUAUGCAAGAUCUGAUUCCCCAGGAAGCACCUAUAGACGGGGAAAACUGGGAAGAUAUAUUCAAAGACAUUGAAAGAGUGAUAAUGCCAGGGAUAACUCACUGGCAAAGCCCUCAUAUGCACGCCUAUUUUCCUGCUCUGAAUUCCUGUCCGUCGUUGCUAGGCGACAUGCUAGCGGACGCCAUUGGUUGCCUGGGAUUUACCUGGGCUUCCAGUCCCGCGUGCACAGAAUUAGAAGUCAUAGUGAUGGACUGGUUAGCCAAAGCGAUUGGUUUACCGGCAUGUUUCCUUCAUAACUCACCAGGCAGCCGAGGUGGCGGCGUUCUGCAGGGCACUGCCAGUGAAGCUACUCUUAUCGCCAUGUUGGCAGCUAGAACAGACGCCAUUGCUAGAAUCAAGGAGGAUUGUGGGAACCCUCAAGAAUUUGACGAGGGCGCUGUUAUAUCACGACUGGUGGUAUACUGCUCUGACCAGGCACAUUCCUCAGUGGAGAAAGCUUGUUUAAUUGCCAUGGUCAAAAUACACACUAUUCCCAGUGAUGCUAAUUUAAGCUUGAGAGGCGAUGCGCUACAAAAAGCCAUCGACGAAGACAAACAGAAAGGAUUGGUACCCUUCUAUCUCUGUGCAACUCUGGGGACCACUGGCGCCUGCGCAUUCGAUGACAUGGCCGAACUCGGUCCAAUUUGCGAGAAAGAGAAGAUCUGGAUGCAUAUUGACGCAGCGUAUGCUGGGACGGCUUUCCUCUGUCCCGAGUAUCGCGGUUAUCUGAAAGGCGUCGAGUACGCUGGAUCAUUUGCAUUCAACCCCAGCAAGUGGCUGAUGGUACACUUCGAUUGUACCGCUAUGUGGGUGAAAAAUAGUGCUUCCCUUCACCGUACGUUUAACGUGAACCCACUGUACCUAAAACACGAUAAAACAGGCCUCGCAAUUGAUUACAUGCAUUGGCAGAUACCACUUAGCAGACGAUUCAGAGCGUUGAAAUUGUGGUUCGUUAUCAGAUCGUUUGGAAUCAAAGGUCUUCAAAGUCACGUGCGCAAGGGUAUACGCUUGGCAAAGUUGUUUGAAGGAUUGGUGAGACGUGAACCAGGAUUCGAGGUAGCAGCAGAGAGAAUUCUGGGAUUAGUGGUCUUCAGAUUAAACGGACCCAAUGAGUUGAAUGAACAUCUUCUGAGCGCUCUGAACCAUACCGGUAAAAUCUACGUCGUACCGGCCUCACUCAAGGGCAAAUACGUCAUUCGUUUCACUGUGACGUCACGCUCCACCACCGAAGACGAUAUCCGACUAGACUGGAAUCUGAUCCGCCAGAAAGCCCGAGACGUGCGAGUGAAGUUUGCCGAAUGCGGGAUCGGACAGCCAAUGGAAAAUGGCCAUAGUGUUACUCGCAACCAACACGAUGACGACGAUGACGACGACUGUGGGGAGGGCCACCACGGUGGAAUGCCGAACGCGAGUGACGCAACAGUUCGAAAAUAUGACAUCGUCACCAAAAACGAUGACGUCAAUGUACGGGCUAGUUUCCAGAAAGAGCAAGACGAAAAUUCCCCAAGCCUGGAUUUUUUCGUCAAUAGUGAUUAUUUUGUUGAGAAUGGCGACAAGGGCGAGUUUGGCAGUGUUGUAAAAUACCGCAAAUGCGACAGAAACGGAAAGGCAAUCCGUGACCCGUCCUUAGAAUUAGACGACACAGAGGGCGCUACGGGGUGCCUCGGUAAAGGCGCCGACAAACCGGCCUUAGGAUACUGCGGGGUUCUGAAAAUCUGUCAGCACGUCAACAUAAUGGAGGAGAAACAGAACGAGAAGUUGGGCGGGGUGUACGUACGCGCAAACUGUUGCGAAUGCAACACGAACGUUUUGAGCGGGAAGGAGAAAAAACGGCUCACAAAGGAGGCUUCUCUCAAUGGUCAGCGUAAAUAAAUCGCCUCAGUGAUCAGUGUUAAUACCCCGUAGAGGGCGGCAUAUAGCGCUGUGUUCUAGGCGGGGUUAUGUUAUGCUGUAUUUGUCAUUCCUUACCGUGGGACGUUUUUUUAUUUGCCUGAUUCGAAACAGUGUAGACUUGCAGUCACGUGAGGUGGUGUUUAAAACGUCCAUUCUUCCACUAUCAGUGUCUUAGUAGUCAGGGUGCGUAGAGCGCAUGCGUUGACGUCAUGCGCAACAUAAUGCGCAGUGUGAAAACAUGCGCCAACUAUAAUGGGCGACAAUAUUUAUUUUCAAAUUGCAUUUUGUGUGUAAUGUUCACAAUGUUUGACAUGAUAUACACAUUAUCAUAGUUCUUUCAUUGUCCCAACACAACUGAAAUAACUGUGUAUCCGAACAAAGAUGUUUCGAUCUCCCCAGAGUAUAUGUAUUAUAUUUUUAACCUGUAUAAGAAAUGUUGUAUUUUUGAAUUGAGAGUCGUGAAAUUCAAAUUAUGAUUUAUUUGUCUAGAUCGUCCGUUCUGGGUGACGUUUGCAGAAAUUACAACGAAAAAAUACAACGAAAAAUACAACGAAAAAAACCAAAAAAACAUGGGUUUAAGAAUUCUACGUCGUCGUCGUUCUAUCUAGAUGUUUUCCCGCCUAAACUGUGGUUGAGUUGUAGUUCGCCACUUUGUUAGUAGCUAAUAAAUGAGUAUAUUCACUCGGGCUUCGUAAAAAUGUAUAUAUUUGGAUAGUUUGUGACAAAUUGACCAACAUCCCCAGUUGCGGUGGCUGAAAACUAUAAUUGCCCUGGUUUAUGUUGACGUCGCCCAGACCGACAAAAUUAGACUGUACAGCAAAUAUUAGACAAUUGCAUGUUUGAGGGCGCUGUUGUACCCGGCGCCAUGUUUAAUCUUGCGUAUUUUUAUCUGAAAAUGUAUAAAUUAUGUAGAUAUUGUAUCUCAAUUCCAUUUACAAACGAGUUCGUCAGCACUCUACUGCGCAUGUCAUUAUUACAGACUCUCCAAUCACGCCGAGUCAGAGUAUGACAUCAUGUAGUAAGAAAAUGAAACGCGAUUGCACAGAGCGCAUGCGUUGACGUCAUGCGCAACAUGAUGCGCAGUGUGAAAACAUGCGCCACAUAUUAUGCGCAGUGCACAUAAUAAACGACUCGUAUUGUUGAAAUAAUUUUAGGAAACAGAAAAUGAGACAGAUAUUCUAUCCACUCAAUGAGGAAGUAAAAAAUGAAUAUUUGAAGAGAAAUUUUAAUUAUAUCGAAUUCAAGUGUGACUUUUUUGUUUGAUUCAGAGUGUUUAAAAUGAGACAAAUUACCCAAUAUACCAGAAUGAAUCAUAUUUACCGUUUGUUGUGUACAAUGCAUGCAAAACGGUAUAUGUGCAAUAUAUAAAUAAAGAUUAUGAAGUGGAAAAGAAA